CACACUUGCUCACGGAGACACACGCACACAUCAAUCAGUUGGUGAGUCAUCUUAUUCAUGGUACGACCACUGCACAAAGAAAGAAUGCGAGGCCUAAAAAUAACAGCCAUCAUUCCUAUGGAAUCUGCAGCUCAUACGUGUUUAGACGGCCUGCAGAGACAGGUUCACGUGACCUUUUUGAGUUAAGCUGAGGCGAGCCCUUGUGACCUGGUUAAGUGUGUGACCUCUUGUGGAAGGAACUGUGUUUGUAAAUGUGGAAAUAAAUGGUUUGGAACGGCACGCUUCUGUUUGGCAGGAGGGGUUGUGCAAAAUAGAGGUGAUAGUGCUCUCACACACACACACACACACACACACACACACAGGCCAGCUGGCGCUCUGUGUUUUAGUGAGUGCUCAGUGAGCUUCUACUGCAGCCACUAGGCCUGUGUAACUUAAAGCAGUGGAAAAAGAGAAGUCUUGUGCAACACGCACAUGGUCAUGAAUCUUUUUUAAUCACCCUUCAAAGUCUGGUUCUUACAUAUAGAUAACAUACUGAUCAUCCUGUUUGUGAGAACACUGCAUCAUUUUCACACUGAUUGCUCAUUUGUGUAUAUACAAAUACAGUAGUUCUAACUAUGUGUCUCUGGGAGCCCAGCUGCUAAGAUGUUGUUUACGGAGCCGCGCUGGCAUAUUUUAUGUGAAUGCUUAUAGCCCAUGCAACACCAAGGCUUUAUAAGGGUGAGUCAUAUCCACAUAACAAACAAGCCCAGCAUGGGAACAUAUCAUGGUGAUGUUAAAGCUCGAGUUAAGGCUCAUACACUGGAGCUUUGUGUGGGCCAGUUCACACUUGAGGCCCAACAUUUGGAGAGCAAACAGCUCAGGUGCCAUACAGGAGGUCUGGGGAGAGAUUGUUGCAAUAAAAUGGCUGAACAUUAAGGAACAACUGAGUCAGAGAAAGAUCUUUAAGGAUUGUUAAUUAUUGUCUAAACCAUGUGAGCAUGCUUGAUCAGACAGUCAUGAUAAGUAGCAGAUGAUUUCUUCAUUCCUCUCACAUGGGUUUUUUUUUUUACCCUCAAUAUCAGCAAAAUCUCAGAGCAGUCAUUCAGAGAAUGUUGACACCUUAACAAACAAACGGAGGGCAAAAAAAUAGCACGAUGCUUGCGUCAUAUGGUCACGCAGUCUUCUGUGAAAGUUAAUACAGCCGGCUGUUUCAUCAGAGCUGAGCUCGAGCUGGUGCCGCUACAGGAUUGCUCAAUGGUUGUGUCACCAGGAGGCUGGACUGGUCGGGCGGAGUGUUUGAGCUCUGAGCUCAACAUCACCGGAGCUCACUCGCUCUCUGCCUCUCUCUGAGUGCGAGGCGGUCUCUCUUUCCAUCUCUGUCUCUCAUUCUUUCUCUCUUCCUCUCUCUCUCUCUUUCUCUCUUUUUCUCUCUCUCUCUCUGUCUGGAAUCUGAGGGAUCGGGAUUUUCUCACCAUUCGCUCUCCUAAAAGUACGUGGGUCGGAUUAUUCCUGAAUCCGCGGAAUUUCAUUUAUAGCUCAACGAGAAUGAAUCUCACACGGGGACAUGGAGCGCAGCGUUUGUAGUUUAUUUUAAGGACACAUACCAAACCAGUCGGUGUCUCGUUUUUCGCUUUGACGGUGAGUCAGUCUAUCAGGAUGAACUUGCAGUGGAGCAGCCCGGCACCCUGCAUCCGCACCGGGAGAGUCGCGCACAAGCGGCUGGACUCAGACGAUCAGCCACCGACCAAAUGCGCCAGGCUGAGCGCCGAGGCGGGGGACACACAGGGACUCCUCGGCACCUCUCCCGGUUCCCCGGUCAGCCUCGUCUCCAACGGUAUCCCGGCGACCCACCAGGGGCCGUCCAGGAUAGGACCAUUUCUGCUUCUACCUCUAACGGACCGAGAGAGCGUGCACAGCGCGAUGAACAGCGACACCGGCGACGAGCAGCUGUGCAAGGUCUUUGAUAUGGGAGUGUACCAGGAAAAGAUCAGAGCCUACGGGAUCCUACCGGCCCACAAGAAUGUGGCCGGAGUCAGGGACAUCAUCCUUGGCGAGCGUAAAGCCUACGUGUUCCUGGACAAGGACUUUGGGGACAUGCACACGCUGGUGAAGAGCUGUCGCAGGCUGGACGAGGACCACGCCUGCAGGCUCUUCCAUCAGGCGGCUCUGGCGGUGGCACACUGCCACCAGGCGGGCAUCGUGCUGGGUGACCUCAAACUGCGAAAGUUUGUCUUCGCAGAUGAGAAAAGGACACAUGUGAGACUAGAAAGCCUGGAGGACUGUCGCAUCCUAGAAGACCCAAGCGACGACUCCAUGUCAGACACUCACGGCUGCCCCGCCUACGUCAGCCCAGAGAUCCUCAGCGGCUCCGCGCCUUACUCUGGCAAGAUGGCCGACAUGUGGAGCCUGGGGGUCAUGCUGUACACCAUGCUGGUUGGCCGCUACCCGUUCCACGACCCGGACCCGGCCACGCUAUUUUCCAAAAUCCGCAGAGGCCAGUGCUGUUUGCCAGAGGGCUUGUCGCCCAGGGCCAAGUGUCUGCUCCAGAGCCUGCUGAGGAAGGAACCCUGGGAGAGACUCACGGCCAAUGAGCUGCUCGCUCACCCAUGGUUCCACCAGCCACCGUCGUCUCAGGAAGUGGCACUGGGUGAUCAGGAAGUGAGCUCGGCAGAACAGAUGGUACCAACCUUUAAAGUGGAAGAGGAGGAUGAUCUGUUCUGCUGACGUACUCGAUUCAGCUGAGACUGGCUGAGGGACCAAAACAGGAAUCGCUAUGAGGGAUUCCAUUGUUGUGUUUUUACAAUGGCACUUUUUAGAAACCCAUUUGUGUAGAACUGAGUGCACAUGCACCCUCAAGCUUUCUACAAGAGCUCACUGUACUGUAUGUUGUUGUUGUAUGUGUGUUACUUGCUAAGGGCAUUGUUCACAAUGAUCAUUCUUUGUGUUUCUUUAUGUAUGUUUUUCAGAAUGAUUUGGUGCUAAAAGAAAUAACAAGGACUUGAAUUUGCCAGAUUAUGUUAACAAAAAGAGCUCUGCAGGAUACUAUGAGUGUAUCACAGAGAAAUAACCCGUGGCAGACAACAGUCACCGAUGCUUGCUCUCAGCCUGGACUCAGAAGGCUUCAGGAAGCAUUAAAAGAAUCCUGAUUGGGAGGCGAGGAGACGUGACGUUGUUGCUCUCACUCUAGUCUCUGACCGGGCUGCAGGCUCCGCCGGCUGACUCACUGCCCGGCUCGAGGAAGGCCUAGCACAAGCUUGACGUCUCGCAGCAGGCAGUGUCAUAGAGUGAGAACGACGCUUAGCAGAGGACUGAUGUGUCACACUCAGAGGGGACGCGACGGAGGUGUCUGACUGCCAAUCUGGCCACGUCUCAGCAAGUAGAGAGCUUUUACAAAUCUCACACCAUCCACAGAAGGUUGAGACCGGCAGGAUGCUAUGAGCGUAAAACUCACUGAAAAGACACACACACACACACACACACACAAUAAUAAGCAGUGGACUGGACUAGCACAAGUGCUUGUAAAUGACUAACAGAGGAAGGAAGACAUUUUAAAACUAAAUCCUGUACCUAUUCAAAAACAUGCUCAUAUCUGAAUAUAUCAUCUGAAAAGGUUGCAUCAGAACAGGAAGUGUUGAUAAAUAUGACUGUGAUCAAUCCGUCCGGCUCUUCUGAAACCCUGCAUGUGCAGUCAACCACAGCAAAACCUAACACUAAUGCUUCUUAAAAUAAAGUCAGACUUUGUCACAUGGGUUGUCAGCACCUGAGAUGGUUGAUCUCAAGCCCAAAUACAUGCUGCAUUUCAGUGGAAGAAGUUAAAAUAAACCGACAAUUCCAAAUGGAACUUCUACUUGAAUUAAAGCGCCAUGAUUUAUCUCUCAAUCCAACAAUGUUGUAUUUUUACUUCUUAAAGAAAUGUGUCAAAUAUCUAGUUAAGGAAUUACCAAGUCAGAAAGAAACCCACUUCAGAAAAAUGACGACUUUCUCAGUUGAGCAAGUGAACGUGUUUUAUUCAUUUCUAUUGGAACAUUAUGUCGAGCUGUAGCUUUAACAAAGCUGAGUGUUGUGCCCGUAUCACUGUGUUUCAUAAACUGAAAUGUGGCUCUGAAUCAGUCGCAGGCGGGCUAUAUUUGAUGCCGGUCGUCUAAUGAUGACUCAGCACUUUAGCGUGUCUGUAGAAAAUGGGCCUGACCUUGGCUGGAAGAAUCGGUUCUGACUGUUUCAUGUUUCGUGGUACUUUUUUCCCUUCCGUUUUAUUUUAUUUCUCCGUCGUUGAAAGCUGUAUCCAAGGAGACUCGUCGUCAUCGUGAGAGACGUGAUGCACCACGUUCUAAAAGAUCUAUAAUCUUGGAUUGUGACAGGCGGAUGAGGAGCUUCAGUGACGUGUAUCUUUGCAGGCUCGAUCUGCAGCCAGCUAUUUCAUUCUGGCACAAUCAUUUUGAAGACGGUACUAAAUCUGGCAUAUCUGAGGAAGCGCUGUGCAUUAAUAAACCUUUGGGUUAACAAGUGGGCUAAUAAAACGUCUGCUGCAGUUCUUUCAUUCUUUUCUCUCAUCUGCUCGAGAUACCAGAUGGGAACGGAUUUGUGACAAUCUGAAUUGUUCCUUUCAGAGAUUAAGGAUUUUGUUCCUGGUUUGUACAAGCAGAGUCACACAUUCAUGUGACACGUAGAGUAAACUGACACGGGUGCACAAACUUCAUAUUGCACUGUGAAUUAUGUAUUUGUGACACAGCCUCGAGGCUAUUGCUAGUCCGGACAGGUUACAUACGAGAUAUACUCUUUGUACAAAAGGUGUAAAUAUGUAUAUUAGAAAUAUGUGUGGAGAUGUUGAAUAAAGAUCACAUUUUUUCAUAUGA